AACAUAACGAGACUUGCGUCCUCCAUAUUGAAAUUUUCCACCUCGUGGUUUGAUUUGUUGAUUCCAUGGGAAUUGUUGCCUUCGGCAAUAAUUGAUACCCCAAAACAUCACUAAAAUGCCAACAAGCAACCCCCUUCCACCUAAAGAAAAUGCUCUUUUCAAAAGAAUCUUGAAAUGUUAUGAGCAGAAGCAGUAUAAAAAUGGGUUGAAAUUUGCAAAGCAAAUUUUAACAAAUUCAAAAUUUGCAGAACAUGGAGAAACAUUGGCUAUGAAGGGUUUGACCUUGAAUUGCCUGGGUAAGAAGGAAGAAGCCUAUGAGCAUGUAAGAAGAGGACUGCGAAAUGACCUCAAAAGUCAUGUUUGUUGGCAUGUUUAUGGAUUACUGCAGCGAUCAGACAGGAAAUACGAUGAGGCAAUUAAGGCAUAUCGUAAUGCUUUGAGAUGGGACAAAGAUAAUCUACAGAUUUUGAGAGAUCUUUCUUUGCUACAAAUACAAAUGAGAGACCUGGAGGGCUACAGGGAGACUCGGUACCAGCUAUUGGUACUACGUCCAGGACAAAGAGCCUCCUGGAUCGGUUAUGCAAUGUCUUAUCAUCUGUUAGAAGAUUAUGACAUGGCUCUGAAUGUACUAGAGGAAUUUCGAAAGACUCAGAUUCCAAAGAGUUUGGACUAUGAGCACAAUGAAUUGUUGAUGUAUCAGAACUUAAUUAUGAGAGAGGCAGGAAUGAUUGAUGAAGCCUUGAACCAUUUACAAAGAUAUGACAAACAAAUUGUAGACAGAUUAGGAGUGGAGGAAACCAAAGCUGAGUUACUGCUACAGAAGGAGAAGUAUAGUACAGCAGCUGAUAUGUACAGGAGUCUGAUCAACCGAAAUCCUGAAAACUGGGCGUAUUAUGAAGGUCUAGAGAAAGCUGUAAAACCAGAUUCUGCUGAGGACCGUCUUAAAUUGUACACUGAUGUAGAACAAUUGUACCCCAGAGCUUCAGCACCUAGGAGACUGCCAUUGAAUUUUGCCGAAGGUAGCACAUUCAGGUGUUUGGCUGAUACAUAUCUGAGACGAGCCCUCCACAAGGGUGUCCCACCACUUUUUGUCACCAUAAAGAAAUUGUACAAAGACUCAAAGAAGAUGGAGAUUAUAGAGGACCUAGUUUUAGGAUAUUUGAACUGUUUGAAACAAUAUGGGAAAUUUGAUAAUUCAGAGAGCACUGAACAAGAACCACCUACCACAAUACUGUGGGUGUACUUCUUUCUAGCCUCACAUUACGACUACAAACAGGAAACCCUGAAAGCGCUGGAAUAUGUCAAUCUGGCGCUGGACCAUACACCAUUACUGAUAGAGCUGUAUGUUCUUAAAGCCAAGAUCUAUAAGCAUGCGGGUGAUAUUGAAGAGGCUGUGCGACUCAUGGAUGAAGCACAGUCCUUAGAUACAGCAGAUAGAUACAUCAAUUCCAAGUGUGCCAAGUACAUGCUGAAAGGCAACUUAGUUCAGGAAGCUGCAGAUAUGUGUUCAAAAUUUACAAGAGAAGGUGUGCCUGCCAUGGACAAUUUAAAUGAGAUGCAGUGCAUGUGGUUUCAGACCGAGGCAGCAGAAGCCUACAAGAGAAUGGGCAAGUGGGGAGAUGCUCUGAAAAAGUGCCAUGAAGUAGACCGCCAUUUUACAGAAAUAAUUGAAGACCAGUUUGAUUUCCACACGUAUUGCAUGAGGAAGAUGACUUUACGAGCAUAUAUAGGUCUUCUGCGUCUGGAGGAUAAACUCCGAAACCAUCAUUUCUACUUUGAGGCAGCGAUGACUGCAAUUGAGAUUUAUUUACACCUUCAUGAUCAUCCAUUAUCUGACAGUGAUCAAGAUAAAAACCAAGAUACAGAAAAUUUGACACCAAGUGAACUCAAGAAACUUAGAAAUAAACAGAGGAAAGCGGCCAAGAAGGCACAGCAAGCACAAGAGAAACAGAAAGCUGAACAUGAUAAAAAAGAACAGGGGGUCAAAAAACAGACUGAUGGUGAGCUAGACGGUCCCAAGGAGGAGGAACUGCUGCCAGACAAACUAGCCAGGCCUGAAGAUCCUUUGGAACAAGCAAUUCGAUUUUUAAAACCUUUACAAACAUUUACCAGUAAUAGAAUAGAAACACAUGUGUCUGCAUAUGAAAUUUAUAGUAGAAAAGGUAAACAGUUGCUGAUGUUGCAGGCACUGAAGAGAGGAUGUCGAAUCAAUAAAGAUCACCCACAAAUACAUGUGUGCAUGAUACGCUUCCUUUUAACAAUAAACAAAAAGGGAGAUAUUCCAGAAACUGUUCAGAAAGUAUUAAAAGAAGAAAUGGAUAAGCUUUAUCAUGGCAAAGAUGCCAAGACUCUUAAUAGUGAGUUCCUGGAGCGCAAUAACAACUCGAUUCUGCAUAGAUUAGCAGGUGCGAGGAUGAUGUAUGAGUUGGAUCCCACACCAGAAAUUCAGAGAAAGAGUUUAGAAUUAGCCACAAGUCUUUCAGAUUCUUACACAGGGAUCACCCGAUUGAAUUGUAUUGAGGUGUUGGAGGCGAUUUGUCGUGGAGAUUUUGGAUCUUGUGAAUCCGCUGCUCAGGACUACCAGGCAAAGUGCCACAGACUUUUCCCAUUGUGUCCCUCCUUCCUUAUCCCGGCAAAUAGCCAUCCAGACCAAAUCCUCGCCAAUGGCUCAUAGCAGACUGCUUCAGUAACUGUCUCACUGUGAACAAGUGGUCUGUCGUGUGAUAUAAAGGACGGAGUUCCCAUCUGUCCCUGACAGCACUAUUUAUAGAACAGUGGUCCUCCGUGAACCCUGACAUGGACAGGUCAAUAGAGCUAUAGACCCUCAUCUUUACAGCUGUGUUAUUAAUCACUGCAUCAUCUUCUCUUCUCCCCCCUUUUUUGUCAUUUUGUUCAGUUUUCAGCAAAUGUACACAAAACAGAUGAUAGUAUUUUUCAUGGUUAGAGGCAGUGCUUACUAUUGAGGUAAGCAAAUGAAGAAAAAAAUCAGAAUGAGAGGUUGAGUGAGUGACAUGUCUCUUAUUUACUACACCAAAUGCUGUUAUGAUAUAGUUAAAUCAGUAUUCUGAAAAUUAUUUUUUUUUCUUUGUUUUUGACCGUAUAUUUAUAAGACUGAAAGUUGCAUUUGUAACAUUAGCUCUACAAGUCAAAGACAAGAAGAGCUUAUGUAUUAGUAAGGUGUCCCUGAUUCAUUCGUCUGUCAGUAGAACAUUUUCCAAGAUGGUUUUCAAUGUCCUGAAGACUUGGUACAUAAGUAGACUACAUCAAGAUACACAAAAUGUAUGUUGGUUUUUGAUUAAUCAAACAUCAAAGCAUCAGAAUAGAUGUACACUUACAUAAUUCUAUAGAUUGGGCUUGAUUUUGAUGCCAAGAAUUAAAUUUUUGUAACUUAAAAUACUGUUAUCUAUAAAAUUCAUUAAAAUGUUUCUAUAGAAAUUUUCAGAUAUCAGUAAGACUUGGUAUACAGAGAAAUCAUUUAAAGAUCCACCCUCGAAUUUCUUCUGACAAGCGAUAGCACCAUGGUAACUAAAAAUUAAAAAAUCUGGGAAGCGAUCAAGAUUGUAGAAGCAACAGAGGUCUAUGAAUUCUUUCAGUGUAUGUCUUGUCUACAGUUUUUGGUCAAUUUCAGUAAAUUUUGGUAUCCAUGUUGUCUUAUCAGAUAAAUACCUGUAAUUAUAUACAGUAUACUGGUUUUUUAUAUAAUGAAUGUUUUCAUGGUUACUCUCGAUAGAAAAUUGUUUGAAAUUCUUUUAUAAUGCUACUAUACUCAGUUUGGACUGAUAUUAAUCAAACUUGGUGUAAAUGUAGACUCCAUUGAGUUAAAUAUUUCUAAAUACCACUUUCUUAUUUUAGUGAUAUAUGUCAGCAUGACAAAUGGUUUCUAUAUGAUGCUCUAUAUGGAGUGCUUGUUUUAAUAGAAUAAAAUGUGGUGUAAACUUUAUCAAGAGAUUACAUGUGUUAUUCUGUUAAUCAAGUUUAUUGCAAUAAUCAAAUAACAUUAGUGAUUGAAGUAGAAAAAAAUAUCUGAUGUGAUUUCAACUUAAUUUAAAA